CACCCACUGAGUUGAAUGCUGGGAUAGCGAGCUGCGGAGGUCAAAGGAGAGACCAUUCAAAAUGUCGGUCGCCAGUUUUACGUCCUUGACUCGGUGCGGUGUUUUGGCAUUCCGCUCUCCCGCAGGACUCUUGGCGGUACGGUAUGCACAAACAGCAGCAGCUCCAGCAGGGCAGCCCAGGGUAAAGAAGUUCCAGGUGUACAGAUGGGAUCCAGACACUCCAGGGGACAAACCCCGAAUGCAGACCUAUGAGAUUGACCUCAACACCUGUGGCCCAAUGGUUCUCGAUGUGCUCAUUAAGAUCAAGAAUGAGAUUGACCCCACUCUGACAUUUCGUCGCUCCUGCAGAGAAGGUAUUUGUGGGUCCUGUGCGAUGAACAUCAAUGGAGGAAACACACUCGCCUGCCUCAACAAGAUCGACUCCAGCCUCAGCAAGCCGACUAAGAUUUACCCUCUGCCACACAUGUACGUCGUCAAGGACCUGGUACCUGACAUGAGUAACUUCUACGCCCAGUACAAGUCCAUCGAACCCUACCUGAAGAAGAAGGAUGAGUCCAAGGAAGGGAAGGAACAGUACCUGCAGUCUGUGGAGGACCGGCAGAAGCUGGACGGGCUGUAUGAGUGUAUUCUGUGCGCCUGUUGCAGCACCAGCUGCCCAAGUUACUGGUGGAACGGAGACAAAUACCUCGGGCCUGCUGUGCUCAUGCAGGCGUACCGCUGGAUGAUUGACUCACGAGACGAGUACACAGAAGAACGGUUGUCCAAGCUGCAGGAUCCUUUCUCGCUCUACCGUUGCCACACCAUCAUGAACUGCACCAAGACCUGUCCCAAGGGCCUGAACCCAGGAAAAGCUAUCGCUGAGAUCAAGAAGAUGAUGGCCACAUACAAGGAGAAGACAGCAGCUGCUGUCUGAAACCUCAUUUAUCCUCUGGAUCUUCUUAUCCCUCCAUGACUAAGUUAUAUAAUGAUCAAAAAAUGCUUCUUCAGGUCUGUUGGGCCAGUGCACCAUGUAUCACCACCACCACCACGACAUCCUGCAGUCAGCUGUAGCAGAAGUGUGUGU